AAAAUGUCUUCGCAAUCAAUGACUGAACGUCACAACUCUACAAAACUCUUUCACGAAAAACUUUCAAUGCUAAAUGAUAAUCUUAUUAAAUUUCUACAAAAACAACAUGCUAAGAAGCCCUAUGCAGAUUUGACACCUACUUUAAAUGAUUACUUCAAUCAUCUUCGUACCUUGGAUCAAAUGUAUUCCUCUGCUCCUGAAUCGGAUCUGACUUCUCCGAAACCGGCUCAAACUGCUAGCAACCAAUUUCCAUCUUUCAUUACUCCUGUUUCUGUUGGAAAAACUUCUGCAACAACUUUGACUUCUACAGCGAUAACAGCAACAAUUACUCCAACUUCUACUGCGCCAACAUUUCCUUUGGUUUCACCCAAGCCUUUGUUUGGUGGUUUUUCUCAGACUUCUAAAGACAGCAAUGGUAUUAAUUCAACAACUACUCUUUCGACCUCAACCUUCACUAUACCAACUUUACCCACAUCAAUUACUUCUUCUGGUUCAAAUAAUUUGUUUUCAUUGCCAAAAACAACAAAUUCUUUACCUGUUGAAGCUCCUGCCAAAAAAUCACUUAAACGUUCAGCGGACACUUCGAUAGAAGAAAACGGAACACAAAAGAAACAAUUAUUUUCAUCUACUCCAACAUUUACAUCAAAUAUUACCACAACAACAACAUCUGUUUCUUCUGCUGCUCCACCAUUUGUUUUUGGUUCUUCGAAGCCGGCGGUUAAUUUGUUUAGUGGCACUAAUUCAUUAUUUUCGACUCCUGCAGUUGAAACUACAAAGGAUAAUAAUGCUUCUGUCAUCAAACCGUCACUUUUUCCUUCUUUUUCUGAGAAAACAAAUGGAGAAACAAAUUCUACAAUUACAAAAACAACUUCAAAUUUAAUUACUCCAAUAACUUCUUUGACUUCAACAAAAACAACAACUUCUACUGUUCCAACAUUUUCUUUUGGCGGGUCUCUGUCCAAGCCAUUUGGUGGUAUUAGUUCAAAUUUGUCUUCUAAUACUUCUAAUAUAUUCGAGACUUCAAAAGAAAAUAAUGUUUCUUCUGCUCUUAAAUUUCCUUCCACCUUUCCAUCUUUCUUUUCUCUUGACAAAACAACAGGAGGAUUAACUGCCACAACAACAACAACCUCUACUACAACUUCGACAACUUCUACCAUUUCAACAUUUUCUUUUGGACUUUCAUCUAAACCGUCUUUAUUUGGCGGUACUUCAUCUUCAUUAUUCUCAUCUUCGACAGUUGAAGCUCCAAAAAAUAAUAAUGAUAAUGAAGAAGAUGGAGACGAUAAACCAGAAGAAUUUACUCCAAAAGAUAAUUUUCAACCAAUUGUUCCAUUGCCAUCAAAAAUUGAGACUAAAAGUGGGGAAGAAAAUGAGGAGAUUGUUUUUGAGGCUCGUUGCCGUCUAUUUCGAUUUGAUAAAGCUGAUAAAGAAUAUAAAACGAGGGGAACUGGCGAUUUAAAGAUUUUAUUUGAUAAACAAAAAAAUCGUUAUCGUUGUGUUGCCCGCAACAGUGAAGGAUUAUCUAAAUUAUUUGCUAAUUUUGUACUUUUUGCCAAUUUUAAAGUUGAGAAAAAAGAAAAGCCAAAUUGUUUAAUUUGGAGAUGCAAGGAUUCUAGCGAAAAUAUCGAAGGGAGUGAUGAAACUUUUUUGGCUAAAUUUCGAGAUGAAGAGACUGCUCAAAAAUUUUCUAAGAAAGUGGAAGAAAUUGUUUCUGGGUUGUCUUCUGCAUAA